ACUGUUGACUGUCGUUUCACCAAUGCAUGCAGCUGACGUCACUUAAAAUCGUGUCGCAUGAAAUAGAACCUUGAAACUGUAAAUUAUCGUAAAAAGUCAUGACACCGAAAACAUUGAGUAUAGAACAGAGCGACGAGACAAAACGUGUCGUGAUGAUAAUGAACAGAGGUCCAUAAACUGGAGACCGUGUACACUUGAGGUUAAUCAUUCUUGGUAUCACGCUCCAAAUGCUUGCGCAGUUUGAUCGUAAUUUUGUUCGAGUGCCUGGUUUUUCUAUUAGCUGAUGAAUUCAGAAUCGUUUUGUGGAACCGCGUAACUAAAAGAUUGUUAAGAUUUUUCUAGUCUUUUGCUGACAAAAUAUAUUAAUAUGGCAGAUUUUGCGUUAAAUGGAUUUAGCAGUGAUCAGACUGAGAAAAUCCUCCAAUUUCAGGAUUUGACAGGCAUCGAGGAUCUGUCAAUUUGCAGAGAUGUCUUACAAAGGCAUAAUUGGAAUUUGGAGGUUGCAGUUCAGGAACAAUUAAAUUUAUAUGAAGGAAGACCAUCAAUGUAUGCACAGGACUCAAGAUCACGACCACCUCAGGUUGUUGAUGACAGCAGUUCUAGAAUAUAUUUUCAUUAUUCUGGAAGCUCUAAUGGCAGGGGUAGUUAUUUAUGGUAUAUCUUUUCAUUAUGUUAUGAAAGAGUGAUCAGCAUCUUACAACUACUUCUUUCAAUAUUUAGGAGAAAUGUUAGACCUGUAUCUUCUGAUCCUGUGGAAGAUGUGAUUAGCUUCAUUCGAAGUUAUGAGGAAUGUUAUGGUAAUAGUCAUCCUGUUUUUUAUCAAGGCUCUUAUAGUCAAGCUCUUUCUGAUGCAAAACAAGAAUUGAGGUUUUUAUUGGUGUAUUUACAUAAAGAUGAAGCUCAAAAUAUUGAUCAAUGGUGCAGAAAUACAUUGGGUAAUCUAGAAGUUGUUCGAUAUAUAAAUACACAUACUUUAUUUUGGGCAUGUAAUGUACAAUCAGGUGAAGGAUAUAAAGUAGCAGAAGCUCUUAAAUCUGGUUGUUAUCCUUUCUUAGCCAUUAUUGUUUUAAAAGAUAAUAGAAUGACAAUAGUUGGCAGAAUGGAAGGCACGCCAUCACCAUCUGAUUUAAUAUCUCGUUUGCAAACGAUUAUAGAUCACAACGAAAUUAAUUUAAUACAAGCUCGUCAAGAGAGAGCUGAACGUAGUGCCGCGCAAUCUUUACGUCAACAACAAGAUCAGGCAUAUGAAGAAUCAUUACGCGCAGAUCAAGAAAAGGAUCGUAGAAGAGAAGAAGAACGAAAAGCGCGCGAAGAACAAGAGGCUAGAGAAAAAGAACAAUUGAAUGCACAAGAAAUGGAAAUUCAACGCAUUCGUCGUGAGAAAGAACUUACUGUUUGUAAAGUGCCUCUCGAACCAGAGCCUACUAAUCCUAAUGCAUGUCAUCUUCAAAUUAAACUUGGAGAAAGGACAAUGAAAAGACGUUUUCUAAUGUCUGAUACAGUAGAAGAUGUAUAUUAUUGGAUAUUUAGUCAGCCAGAUUCUCCAGUGAGUUUUGAAAUAACUACAAGUUUUCCGAAAAGAAUUCUAUAUCCGUGUAGAGAAAUUUUAACAUUAUCGGACGUCGGAUUAACACACAGAGAAGUUCUCCAUGUCAAUGAUUUAGAUGAUUAACCUUUAUUGAUAUUUGAAUAUUGCAUUCUUUAUGUUUAAGUAUCAUUCCACAGAAAAAUGAUACUGUCGUAAGAGACAUUUAUAAAAAAAAAAUAAUAUAUAUAUAUAUACACACAUAAAAAUAUAUAUAUAUUUGAUACAUUCGAGUAUUUUAUGUGAAGCGUAGUACAGGAAUGCAGUUUUAUCACAGAUCUAUAAAAUAUGUUAAAAAAAAAAAUCAAAGAAUGAUUAAUUGUAUUGCAUUUUCUGCAUAGAACUAUUGUAUCAAUUAUGAAUACAUUUAUUACAUACUGUGAAUAAUACGCUCACUAAAGUACACAUUGAAUAGAAAACAACAGAUUUUGUUGUAGAAAC